UGUUUAGUUUCUGCCACCAGUCCAAAUACAUUUCUCUCUGUGAGUUAGUUUCAGAAAGAACGUCUCAGCGAGAGCAGGAAGCUCUUGAGCUCGAGCUUUCUGAACAAGAGGCUGUGCAGCAGUUAGUUUCGACUCUGACAACAUGUGUACUGGAAAAUGCUCCCGUUGCAUUGCCGUUACUCUGUACCCGUUAGCACUCAUAUCCAUCAUCUGUAACAUAGUGCUGUUCUUUCCUGGUGGGGACAUCAAGUAUGCCAAAGAUGGACACAUUACCGAGGAGGUGAAAUACAUGGGGGGCCUCGUUGGAGGGGGUUUAAUGGUGUUGGUCCCAGCACUCUAUAUCCACAUGACUGGAAAACAGGGGUGCUGUGGGAAUCGCUGUGGGAUGUUCUUAUCAAUUGCAUUUGCUGCAGUGGGUGUGGCUGGUGCCCUGUACAGUUUCAUUGUGGCAGUGCUGGGUUUGCAGAAUGGGCCCCUCUGCAAAGUUAUUGUGACUUGGCAGACACCUUUUAAAGACAGAGACCAGAGUUACCUGACUGAUGACAAAUGGUGGGGAAUGUGCACGGAGCCAAAGGACAUUGUGCAGUUCAACAUUGGUUUGUUUGCUACUCUGCUGGUCACAAGCAGUCUGCAGCUGAUUCUCUGUGCCAUUCAGAUGAUCAACGGGCUCGUUGGCUGCCUGUGUGGAACCUGCAACAAAGGGCCGCUGUGAGUUCCUGACUGUUGACUGACGCCCUCUGCUGGAAGACAGAGUAAAGUUCCAGCUGCACCUGCAUAGAGUAUUCACUAGAACAUAGUAGAUUUUUAUACUUUUUGUCUGUCAUGACGCUUAAUGCUGUAUUAUAAUGAAACAGAAAUCUGAAAUGUUUGCAAUGUAUGAUGUAGACAUGGCACAGUAUUAGAAAUAAUUCACGCUAAUUAAAUGGUUCAUUUGAAAUAAAAUGGAUUUUAAAAUAA